AUGCAGUUUCAAUUCAUCUUCACUAUCUUUUCUGCUGUUAUUGCUUUGAGCACUCUUGUUGCCGCUUCCCCUAACGCCUCUUCUGAAGGUUCUAGUACCAAUCACUUGGCCAAGAGAAAGACUUAUACCGGUACAGCUACUUGGUACAAGCCUGCUACUGAAGGUGGUCCUCAUGCUGCUUGUAAUGGCGCUUAUAUUGAUGAUUACUCUCGUAUCGUCGCUCUCAACGCUGAACAAUAUGGCAAUAUGAAUGGCAAGAGUAAAUAUUGCCACAAGAAGAUCCGUAUUAAGGGCCCUAAAGGCUCAGCUACUGCCACUAUCCUAGACGCGUGCCCUGGUUGUUCCUACGGUGAUUUAGAUCUCACACCUGUACUUUUCAAAAAGAUUGUAGGAGAUAUGAACAAAGGUAUCGGCAAAAUCCACUGGAACUUCGUCUAA